AAUUUUUUUCUUCUAUUUCUUUGGCUCUCAUGAAUUCAGCUUUAUCUUCUUCGGGAUUGAUCGAAUCUUUGCGUCUUUUUUACAAUAAAGGAUUUUGAUUUGUCUCAUACUGAUUUCGGUUAUUUUUUCUGGGUGAAAACCCGAGAAUUCUGUGUUCCGUGUGUUGUGAUGAGAGUUUUUCUGCUUUCUUUCGUCAGUAAUUUUUGAUCUGAUGACUGAUUAUAAGAUCUGGGUUCUGCUUAUCUUUUUAUUUCACUGCGGAGGUUUCGAAAAUUGUGGGCACUAAGUGGGGGGUUUUUGGAGUCUCUGGUGAUAGGUGUGGACACUUUUGUGUGGUGGGUUCCGGAGGUGCUUCUUAGUCUUUUGCCUUAACCGCCCGUUUGUUGAUUUAGAAUUCUGAGUUUUGGAGAUGAUUAUAGGAGCAGAUGGCUGAGGUGAAAUCGGAGGAGUGUUGCCUGGAGAAUAAACAAACUAUUGCUGCUCCUAGCUCCUCUAUAUCUGAAAGCAGUGGCAGUGCUUUACCUAAGUCCCCUGGAAUUUGUAGCCCAACAUCUACAUCACCCUCUCAUCGGAGAACUACUGGCCCCAUAAGGCGAGCAAAGGGUGGUUGGACGGCAGAAGAGGAUGAGACACUAAGGAAUGCUGUUGCAAUUUUCAAGGGAAAGAAUUGGAAGAAAAUAGCUGAGUUUUUCCCUGAUAGAUCAGAAGUGCAAUGUCUCCAUAGAUGGCAAAAAGUUCUUAAUCCAGAACUUGUUAAAGGGCCUUGGACUCAAGAGGAGGAUGAUAAAAUUGUUGAACUAGUGUCAAAAUAUGGGCCUACAAAAUGGUCAGUAAUAGCCAAGUCCCUGUCUGGUCGUAUAGGGAAACAGUGCCGAGAGCGAUGGCACAACCAUCUUAAUCCUGACAUAAAGAAGGAUGCCUGGACUUCGGCAGAGGAAUUAGCCCUCAUCAAAGCUCAUUGUAUACAUGGGAACAAAUGGGCUGAAAUAGCUAAGGUUUUGCCUGGAAGGACUGAUAAUGCAAUAAAGAACCACUGGAAUAGUUCAUUGAAGAAGAAGUCGGACUUUUAUUUAACUACCGGACAACUUCCACCAAUUUCAAAGAACAGUCCAAAAGUUGAUGCAAAAGAUAAAAUGAUAUGCUCUGCGACAGAAACAAUUCUUGGUAGUUCAAAUAAAGGAUUAGAUGCAUCUACUGAAACAUUGUCAGAAACUACAGAGAUUAAUAAGCAAGAUGACAGUGGUACGAAUCACUCAAGGCAUUUAGGAACAGCAACAGAUGUUGGUGAUUCUUCAAAUGUUCUUGCAAAUGAAUCUGCUGAUUCUGACUGUAUAGAAUGCAAGCCCAAAUCCUCCAAUUUAGAUUUCAGCUGCAGCAACUCAGAACCAUUGUCAAGAGACAAUUAUGGAAUGAAUGGUGACCAAACACAUGGGAAAUCUGGACUUAAUGGCAAGCUAGCGAUUGAGCAUUGUAUAAAUGAUGGUGAAAUACGUAGUAGUAGGUUGAUAACAAAAUCUUUUUCACGGGAAGCUCCAACUUGUGGUUCUAUAUGUUACGAGCCACUGCAGUUAGAGAAUUUGGUUCCCUUAGAUUCUCUUUAUUUAAAUAUCUUUUGUCUCCAAAAUGACUACAGCUCUACUUCCAUGAUGUCUCCAACUGGUUUCUUCACUCCACCUAGCGUGAAGGGUCGUGAAUUUUUCAAACAAACUCCUGAAUCAAUAUUGAAAAUGGCUGCUGAGACUUACCCAAAUACCCCUUCCAUAAUGAGGAAGAGAAAGACUGGAGUCCAUGCACAAGUCACUCCCAGUAAAGUUGUGAAAGUGGAUGGAGAAUCUCAUGCUUCUAAUGGCCAGCAGGGAAAUAAGAAUAACACUGAUUUUGAAGUUGGGAGGUUCUCUGAGAGUCCAGCAAGCCAUGGCCAUGGCAUUGAUAUUCCAAAUAACAAAGUUUUCAAUGCAUCUCCUCCCUACCGGCUAAGAUCCAAGCGAACAACAGUUGUCAAGUCUGUGGAGAAACAACUUGAGCUUGCAUUUGACCAAGAAAAGCACCAUGGAAACAAGAGGAAAAUGGGGAAGUCUACAACGUAGAGCAGCAUGAUGACACUGUGAUGACUGAAGACUAUUCACGAGAAACAGAAUUAUGAGCGGCAUAUUGCAUAAGUAGGUUUAAGACUUGCAGUUAGACAUUGCCUCUCUAAAGCGGUCAACUGAUGGAGUUUUAACAUGUUGUAAAAGCUUUUUUUGAAUCACAAUAAAUUGAGCUCUCUUGAAAGUUGAGUUUUGCAAAGAAGGAUUAAUACUGCUUCAAUGAAGGUGACAUGCAAGAUUUUUCGUUUCACUCGUGAAUACAUUUCAUCAAAGGCAGGGUUCUGGUAUAGUAGAAAAGAAUUGACGAUGGAUUCCAUUUACUCGUGGAUAUGCAUGUUAUACAUUGAACAUACCAGAUUUGUACAGUGACCCUUUAUGGGAACUAAGACAUUCUUUGAAAUAAGAAACACAUAAUGCAUUUUAAAUUA